AUGUCGAUUGCUCCUAGAUCACUGGUGUCGAGCAAAGGGGUGGGAUGUGCGCAAAGCCGGCUUAGCAUAGCCUCACGCAUACAUAUUGAAACGGCACAGUCACCUCUUUUAUCCUUCAGUCGCAAAAUCUCUACUGCGCUACCAAGCUCGCAGUCUCUCCGCCAUACCUCUACUAUCCAACAACUGCCAUAUAUAUCAGCUUUCCGCUUUCUCUCGCACACCACACGGUCUGCGACCGGAGUAGCAUCCCGUUCCUUUACCACCUCGAGUCGCAAUGCGGCCUCUUCGCCCCCUACUGAGCCUGCCGGAGAAGAAUAUGUCAACCCGUACAAGGCAAAGAGGAAAUGGCCACCGGACAUGAGCAAGUUAUCGCCAAAACAACAGUUCAGAUUAGAGCGCAAGUACAGACGCCGCUCGAAACAAAAAUGGGCAAGACCUACGUGGACAAAGUGGACAAAGUUAGUCCAAUGGGGGUUAAUUGGAUUUGUUUUGGUAUAUGCGGUCUUGUUCAUGGAAAUGAAGGAUUCAGGCCCCAAUCCAUUCCAAGGAUUCCGAGACUAUGUCAAGGGGCUUCUCGAUGAUUCAGUAUUAGCAGGACGUCGGCCCGCGCUUCGAAAUGAAUCUACCUCCCCUGCUGGGAAGACCGAAAGCCAGUAA